AUGACGGUGUGUUGGGGGCGGCGUGGCGGCUGUGCGCAGUUUGGCUUGCGGCCUCCUGCCGCGGCGCUGUGCCUUCUCCUCAUUCUGCUGCUGCUGCUGCUUCCGUUCGCCCCGCACAGCGCAGUCGCGCAACCAGCAGAAGCUGGCACCACGGUGAAGGUUUUACUGCUGAAGCGAAUUCGUACUGCCAGACCCCAGUCCAUGCCCACCGCUUUUUACGCCGGCGUGUAUGCCUCGCUGUGGGCACACAACUCCACGGCUGCGGGCGAUGUUCCUGUUGAACUUGUCAAAAGGGAGGCGAAAGACACCGAGUACGCGUCGUUCUGGAGGAAGUGA